AUGGCAGCAAUACCACUUUUACCACCAUUAUUCGCUCGUCCAUGGCGACUACGUGCAUUUGCUGCCGUCCCUACACUUCUCGCCUCCGUUCGUGAAUGGAGAAUACCAUCACUGCUUGAACUAUUUCCGCCUAUAACACUUGCAGUCCCGAAGAAAAAGGUUUCGCACUCGAGGAAGGCAAUGCGGCAGGCAAACAAGGGGCUAAAGGACAAGCAGAACAUUGUGAGCUGUCCUGGGUGUGGGGAACCAAAGCUCGCUCAUCAACUUUGUCCCAACUGCUAUUCGUUCCUCAAAAGGAUGUGGAAAUCCGCACCCAUAGAGCAACCAGAGAAGAUGUAG